CUAAUCCCCAAGUUAGGCCCAAGCCCACAUAGAGAAUUAGGGCCGGCUAAAUUAAAAAACCUAAUUUACUGCCAUAUGGGUCGAACCAAGACUAGGGCCGGCUGCCCUUCUUGCUCGAGCCUCCACACUCAAUUCGCCCAACAAAAGCAUGACAAUAUUUCCAGAUCAAGUGUUGAAGCACAGUAUCAGGUUGUGGCUCUUAGCUGCAAGCACCUCGAGACAUGGAAUGAUUUGUUAAAAGUUAGGAAUGAAGGUAGGUUAUUUCAGAAGUUGAAGUUGCCGAGAGAUGCUGAUUUGAGGGCUCAAGUUAGAAGGCUUUAUUCACUUCUCACCAUCAAGGACUCUGCUCACAAUAUGCCAAGGAAUCUUGAGGCCAGACGUCGGCUGGAAUUCUUCAUGAACUCCCUUUUCAUGGAGAUGCCAGUAGCAAAACCUGUUCGUGAGAUGCUGUCCUUUAAUGUGUUCACACCAUAUUACUCUGAGACUGUCCUGUACAUCAUGUCUGAACUCCUUAAAAGAAAUGAAGACGGGAUCUUUACUUUGUUUUACCUACAAAAGAUAUAUCCAGAUGAGUGGAGAAACUUCCUUACUCGGAUUGGCCGUGAUGAAAACACAUCAGAAUCAGAUCUUAGUAAUAAUGCCAAUGAUAUUCUUGAAUUGCGUUUUUGGGCUUCAUACAGAGGGCAAACAUUGGCUAGGACUGUGGGUGGAAUGAUGUACUACCGAAAAGCUCUCAUGCUUCAAGCAUAUUUGGAAAGUGUGGCAGCUCAAGGUUAUCAUAUACGAGAUGAAAUUCUGAGGCUGCAAUUUCACAGAGCAACUGAUACCCAAGGUUUUGAGUUGUCUCUUGAAGCAAGAGCUCAAGUAGAUCUCAAAUUUACCUAUGUAGUUACCUGCCAAAUAUAUGGGAAACAGAAAGAGAAUCAAAAGCCUGAGGCUGUGGAUAUUGCAUUACUAAUGCAAAGAAAUGAAGCACUUCGAGUUGCUUUCAUUGAUGAGGUUGAGACAUUGAUUGAAGGAAAAGUGCACGAAGAAUACUUCUCGAAACUUGUGAAGGCUGACAUCAAUGGGAAAGAUAAGAACUUGCAAGGUGCGUUACUUUGCCACUCUACGCAUGGUUUUUAUGUUGUCCACUAUUUGACCUUGGAAAGGGGUGAUCGGAGUAAGCGAUGAUGCAUCACGCCGACAGAUCUGAGAUUUAAUGGAUAAAAUGGUAAAUAGAAAUUAUGAAUAAAUAUCUGAGAUUUAAUGGAUAAAAUGUGUGUUCACACCAUAUUACUCUGAGACUGUCCUGUACAGUAUGUCUGAACUCCUUAAAAGAAAUGAAGACGGGAUCUUUACUUUGUUUUACCUACAAAAGAUAUAUCCAGGGUUGAGAGAAUAUAUGACGAGAUUCAGAGAAGCAUAGCUAAUAGGAGCAUACUUGUUGAUAUUGAAUUGAAUAAGCUACCACUAAGGAUUCAGAAAGUUACUGCACUGUUGGGAAUACUGGUUUGUAUUUGAAGUUCCAUCCAUUGCAGAUCAUUUGUUUUGUUGUGCAUGUACAUAUGGCGUAGUUUCAAUUCUCAUACAACAGGGAUGCCUGUUACUCUCCUAUUACUGGUACACUGCAUAUAUAAAGAUCAAUAUAAUGGGCCUAGGCUU